GGCAGCUGCUCUCCUGAUUAAAAGCGGAGCUCUCCUCCUCUCUCUACCCAAUCUGCAACCUCACCUUCCCCGUCUCCAUUCUUCUCCUUGUCCAGCUCGAUUCUGUCGCGGUUCACCUCGUCUCCAACUCCGACAGGCGCCAGCGCGUUCCUCUGCUCGUUCCGCCGCCGGGACACCUCGGGCGGUCGCCCGACCUCGCCUCAGUGGUGGAUCCGCCCCUGUCGUGAUGUGCUCUUGUCUUGUCCUCCUCUUUUCAGUUAAGCUACUCUCUCUCUCUCUCUGGGACUGUGGGGUGUAAACAACAAUGAGAUUAGUAGAGGAGACGAAGAGAUCGCUAACAGUUGCCCCCUUUGAGUGCGCUUGGGGUGAAGAGUUUCGCUUCGGGGAGCCUGGCCGUGGCUGCAUCGCCUUUGAGGCAUCUGCCCACAACGAUGUUACUCUGGUGUUCCGCCAACAGCUUGGGAGCCAUCACUACCACUAUAAACUGGACAGCAGUCGCCAUUACACUGUCAUCUUGGGCAGCCAUAGAAACAAAAGAUUGAAGAUUGAGGUAGAUGGAAGGACUGUUGUUGAUGUUGCUGGCGUAGGGCUAUGCUGCUCUUCAUCUUUUCAGAGCUACUGGAUCAGCAUCUAUGAUGGAUUGAUAAGCAUCGGACUAGGAAAGCAUCCUAACAAGAAUCUCCUGUUCCAAUGGCUUGAUCCUGAUCCCAACAGGAAUGUUCAGUACGUGGGACUAUCCAGCUGGGACAAGCAUGUCGGGUACAGAAACAUAAGCAUCCUUCCAUCAGCUCCCCCAAAUAGCAUCCUUUGGACCCAAAUUGAGUAUGCAUAUGUCGAGCGGGAUGGUGAUGGAGAGUAUGCGAGAAAACAAGUGUUAAAAGAUGACUGUGAGCAAAGGGUACUUGAAGAUUUUCUAGAGAACUGGGACUUCUCCGAUGCUGUAUUUGUUGUUGGCAGUGAAAGAAAGGUUGUUCCCGCCCACAAAGUUGUGUUGGGUGCUUCUGGAGAUUUCCCUUUUAACUUAGUGGAUGGAUCUACCAUCGAGCUUCCAUCAGUAUCCUACCCAGUUCUCCACUCUCUUCUUGAGUACAUCUAUACAGGUUCUACACAGAUCGCAGAGUGUCAAUUGAAUUCCCUGCUGGAGUUUAGCUCACACUUUAAGGUUAAAACAUUGGUGUCAUGUUGUGAAGAAAUCAUUGACUGUUUGAAGAUGGAUAAGAAACUUUCUGAGUCUGGGAAAAACUUGAAAGUAUCAAGCAAUGGAUUCCAAGCUCAUCAAUUUGACUCAUUCCCUUUCAAAGCUCCAGUGAAUGUGCAGAAAAUUGGACAGUUCCUUGCAAAUGGCGAGCAUAGUGAUAUAAAUAUCUAUGUUAAUGGGCAUGGUCUUGUUGCCAAGGGUCACAAGAUUAUCCUUAGCUUGUGGAGCGUGCCUCUCGCCAAGAUGUUCACAAAUGGGAUGAAGGAAAGCAAUGCAUCGGAUGUAUUUUUCGAAGAUGUUUCUGCUGAAGCAUUCUUUCUCCUCCUUCAGUUUAUGUACUAUGGGGAACUUAAGGUGGAUACCCGGGAUAUUACUUCUGUGUUGGUUCAACUGCUUCUAUUGUCUGACCAGUUUGCCAUCACUAUUCUUCAGUUUGAAUGCUGUAAACGAAUAAUGGAAUGCCUUUCAGAGGACACAGUAUGUUCAGUCUUACAGGCAGUUUCAUCAAUCCCAUCUUGUAAACUGCUUGAAGAAGUGUGCAAGAGGAAUUUUGCUACGCACUUUGAUUAUUGCACAACUGCUUGCACGGACUUUGUGUUGUUAGAUGAGGCAACAUUUAAGGAUAUUCUUCAGCACGGUGAUAUGACUCUAACAUCGGAAGAGAGAGUUCUAGAUGCCAUCUUAACAUGGUGUAUGGAGACUUGUGAAACUCUGUCCUGGACUUCAGUAGAUAAGCUCUUAAGCACUUCAACACCAGAGCAACUCUUUGGAGAGAGGCUUACUGCCAUCAAUACUUUAUUACCGUUUGUAAGGUUCCCUUUGAUGCAGCAAUCGAUCCUUCAGAGGAUGGAGAGAAGUAAUCUAGCGAACCACAUGCAAGCAUUCAGACAGUUGGUUGCAGAAGCCAUCGAGUUCUCUCAUGGUGGGCAAUGGAUGCCUGCAUCAUAUGAAUGCGAGAGAUUUCAGCAUAGACGCUCCAGCUAUAAAGAGCUCCAGUAUAUUUCUGAUGGUGAUAACAAUGGUGUUAUCUACUAUGCUGGAACGUCAUUCGGAAAGCAUCAAUGGAUGAAUCCUGUUUUAGCCAAGAAUAUCACUGUGAUGGCAAGCAGCCCGAAUUGCAGAUACACGGAUCCAAAGGCUUUGGUUUCGAAAAAUUACCAGGGGACUUGUUUCGCUGGGCCUUGUAUCGAAGAAGGCAAGAAACGUUCUUGGUGGAUGGUCGACAUCGGACAGGACCACCAGCUUAUGUGCAACUACUACACGGUGAGGCAGGAUGGCUCCACAACGUUCAUGAGGUCUUGGGUCCUCCAGGGAUCGAUGGACGGCUGGAGCUGGACGAACCUUCGCGUCCAUGAAGACGACCAGACCAUUUGCCAGCCCGGCCAGUUCGCGUCGUGGCCCAUCCCCGGCCCGCCGGCGCUGCUGCCAUUCCGAUUCUUCAGGGUUGCGCUGAUGGGGCCGGCCGCCGGCGUCUCCAACACUUGGAACCUGUGCAUUUGCUUCCUCGAGCUCUACGGCUACUUCCGAUAGCUGCUUCGCUUUUGUGAUCCUGAUCUAGCUACUAUCAUAUCAUGAUGGCCGGGCGGAUCAAGCUAGCAUCACUGCUAUUAUCCUUGCUCGCACGCUUUCUUCUAGCUUAUUACAACACUCAUGCUUAUAUAUAUAUAUCAGGAUUUCUUGUAGAAAGAGAGAGAGAGAGAGAAACAUACGGAUAAAGUCUCAUGCUGAGCUUAAACUAGUGAAUGAAUAAAGUCUGUUUUCACCA